AGCGAUUGGUCAGAGGUCCGCGGUGUGCGUCACGAUUGGCCGAGCGCGUUCUGGCAGGUUCCAGAAGCGGGAGCGCCGCGGGUAUAAAAACUGAGGCGAAGGCGACGGCAACGGCAGAUCGCGCCUCAGAGCCAAAGCGAGAGCGUUCGUUGUGAGGGAAGCGGCGGGCGAGAUAAAGCUAAAACCAAAACCGUGAAGGACUUUCCAGUCGGCGGAGCUUUCGAAAGGUACCUGACCGCGUUCCUGCAACCAUGUCGGGCAAAGCGCCUGCCAUAGGCAUCGACUUGGGCACCACGUACUCCUGCGUGGGGGUCUUCCAGCAUGGGAAGGUGGAGAUCAUCGCCAACGACCAAGGCAACCGCACCACGCCCAGCUAUGUGGCCUUCACGGACACCGAGCGGCUCAUUGGGGAUGCAGCCAAGAACCAGGUGGCCAUGAACCCCAACAACACCAUCUUUGACGCCAAGCGCCUCAUCGGCCGCAAAUUCGACGACCCCACCGUGCAGUCUGACAUGAAGCACUGGCCUUUCCGUGUUGUGAGCGAGGCAGGGAAGCCAAAGGUGCAGGUGGAGUACAAGGGGGAGACAAAGAACUUCUUCCCUGAGGAGAUCUCCUCUAUGGUGCUGACCAAGAUGAAGGAGAUAGCCGAGGCUUACCUUGGGCGCAAGGUCCAGAGUGCUGUCAUCACGGUGCCUGCCUACUUCAACGACUCGCAGCGCCAAGCCACCAAGGACGCUGGCACCAUCACGGGGCUCAAUGUGCUGCGUAUCAUCAAUGAGCCCACGGCAGCUGCUAUUGCCUAUGGCUUGGAUAAGAAAGGCAGUGGCGCCGGCGAGAAGAACGUGCUGAUCUUUGACCUGGGAGGUGGCACUUUUGACGUCUCCAUCCUGACCAUCGAAGACGGCAUCUUUGAGGUGAAGUCUACCGCAGGCGAUACUCACCUGGGUGGGGAGGACUUUGACAACCGCAUGGUGAGCCACUUUGUGGAGGAGUUCAAGCGCAAGCACAAGCGGGACAUCGCUGGCAACAAGCGGGCAGUCCGGCGGCUGCGCACAGCCUGUGAGAGAGCCAAGCGCACCCUCAGCUCCUCCACCCAGGCUUCGAUUGAGAUUGACUCAUUGUUUGAUGGGAUUGACUUCUACACGUCUAUCACCCGUGCCCGCUUUGAGGAGCUCAAUGCCGAUCUUUUCCGUGGCACCCUUGAGCCUGUGGAGAAGGCCCUGCGUGAUGCCAAGCUCGACAAAGGGCAAAUCAAUGAGAUUGUGCUUGUUGGUGGCUCCACCCGCAUCCCCAAGAUCCAGAAGCUGCUGCAGGACUUCUUUAAUGGCAAAGAACUCAACAAAAGCAUCAAUCCUGACGAAGCUGUGGCCUAUGGCGCUGCUGUGCAGGCUGCUAUCCUGAUGGGGGACAAGUCAGAGAACGUGCAGGACCUUCUGCUUCUUGAUGUGGCACCACUGUCACUGGGUAUUGAGACAGCUGGUGGUGUGAUGACCGCCUUGAUCAAACGCAACACAACUAUUCCCACCAAGCAGACCCAGACCUUCACCACCUAUUCAGACAACCAGAGCAGUGUGCUGGUGCAGGUGUAUGAGGGCGAGCGGGCCAUGACCAAGGACAAUAAUCUACUAGGCAAGUUUGACCUGACAGGUAUCCCGCCAGCCCCCCGCGGUGUUCCUCAAAUUGAGGUCACAUUUGACAUUGACGCAAAUGGCAUACUCAAUGUCACUGCGGUGGACAAGAGCACCGGCAAAGAGAACAAGAUCACAAUUACUAAUGACAAGGGCCGCCUCAGCAAAGACGACAUUGACCGUAUGGUCCAGGAAGCAGAGCGUUACAAGGCAGAGGAUGAGUCCAACCGGGAACGGGUGGUUUCCAAGAAUGCCCUUGAGUCCUAUGCAUACAACAUCAAGCAGACGGUGGAAGAUGACAAGCUGAAAGGCAAGAUUAGUGAGCAGGACAAGCAGAGGGUGCUUGAGAAGUGUCAGGAGGUGAUCAGCUGGCUCGACCGCAACCAGAUGGCUGAGAAGGAAGAAUUUGAGCACAAGCAGAAGGAGCUGGAGAAGCUUUGCAACCCCAUCAUUGCUAAACUGUACCAGGGUGCUGGAGGAGCUGCGGGGGCUCCAGGCGGUGGGCCCACCAUUGAAGAGGUAGACUAAACUACCAUAGACUGGACUAUAAGAGCAAUUGCCAUCAUCUGCUCUUCCCUUUUUCUUCAGUCAGUGCUAUUGCUGGAGGGAUUUUCCUGUGUGUGUGUGUAUGGGAGGAGGUUGUUAACUUGCUCUCUACCAGGGGAAGAAAAGCCAGCUUAAAAGUUUGUUGCAGAUAAUGUUUGUCUUUGUAUUCAGAUAUCCAUGCUAGUCUGUAUAUUUCUGUUUCUUUAUGUUCACUGUUUUUUAAAGUAUCCACUUGAGCAUUACAAUUGAGGGAGAACCAUUUCAAGAGAGCAUGGAAAAUGUUAAAACAUACCCCAAAGAAAGGUUUUACUUUUUGAAACUAUUUGGUCUGGUUAUUUUAAAAUUUUGGUAAUAAAAAGUUACUUGAAGCUUAA